AGGCAUUGUAGGCAGAGAGACAGUGAGAGUUCAGAAUGGCUAAAAACCAAAAGAAACUCUGUUUCAAGUUUGAACUUCCUUCUUCUUCCUCUUCUUCUUCUUCUUCCCCCCUCUGAAACUCCCUGCUUAUCUGAAUCCCUUUCUGUUCAUUAUAUCUUCUUUCAGGUUCUGGGUUUUGGGUUUGUCUUUUCGGGAAUGAACAAUAACCAAACUUAGGAUUGUGCAAAGGCAGGUGUUCUCAGAGAUCCAGGAUUUGUGUGUGUGUGUGUGUGUGUUUUCUUCCAUUUUUCUUUAGGUUACUUCGUUUGUUUUUCUUCUUAUGGUCAAUCAGCAUGGAGGGUGAAUUUAGUCCCUCAAGGUUGGUUUCCUUUUCUUCUUCUUCUUCUUCUUCUGUUUUUCAUUUCCUUCUAGAGUUGAAGGGGUUGUCUAUUUACGGACCUCUUUGAUAUUUUCAGUGGUGGCCUGUUCUUUCUAUUUUAACAAGAAUCAGGUUCAUCUGUAAAGAGAUACUUCUUUUUUUUUUUUUUUUUUUUUCCCCUUUUCCUUUUGGGGUCAUUUCAUUUUUGGCGGACCAUUGAAGUAAUGGUAACUGCCAUGGAUUUCUACAAUGAAGGACCUCAAACAGACCACUUUGGUGGUGAACUAAUGGAAGCGAUUUUACCUUUUAUGAAAGUUGCUUCCUCUCUCUCUACAAAUCUUCCAUCUUCUUCUUCUUCAUCACCAGCACCAUAUCUCCCUCCCUGUACCAACGACCACCUCAGCUUCUCUCACUCUGCCCCUCAACAGUCCACUUUGUACUCAAAUGGCUGCUCCACUUCGAUGAACCCAGAAUUUUCAGAUGGGUUCUCGACCCAAAACCUCGUUGGUUUUGAACAGCCAUUCGCAAUUGGACCCCAUCAGUUAUCAUUACCUCAAGACCUUCAUUCCCAACCUCAAAUCAAUCUUCUUCAAAACCAAACCCCACUGCCUUUAGCUUUGGCGCAUCAAAACCAUCAACCACUACCCUGCUAUGAACAAAUAACGCCCAACUUCCUCAGCCCCAAGUCGACCCCAAUGAAGCAAGUGGGUUCGUCUUCAAAACCCACUAAGCUUUACAGAGGGGUCAGGCAACGGCAUUGGGGAAAAUGGGUGGCCGAGAUCCGACUCCCAAGGAACAGAACUCGGCUCUGGCUCGGUACCUUUGACACUGCUGAAGAAGCUGCCUUGGCAUAUGACAAGGCUGCCUUCAAGCUCCGAGGUGACUCUGCCAGACUUAAUUUCCCCCACCUCAAGCACCAAGGCUCCUGCGUUGAAGGCGAAUUCGGCGAGUAUAACCCUCUACAUUCCUCAGUUGAUGCAAAGCUCCAAGCAAUUUGUGAUAACUUGGCCAAGCCACAGAAACAAGGCAACUCAAAGAAGCCUGUUACUGCAGCUAAGAAGUCAAGGUCCCAAUCCUGCUCUAUCGCAGACAUAGCAGCUGUGAAGGUGGAGAACUCCUCGUCGCGGGCUGUGACAGAGAGCGACGGGUCUGCAGCGUCUUCACCUUUAUCAGAUCUUUCAUUUCCUGACUUCACAGAGCUGCCAUGGGAUCAGAAUCUAGCUUGGGAGACUUCAAUGCUAGAGAAAUAUCCUUCUGAGAUAGAUUGGGCAUCAAUCUUACCUCAAUAAUUCGAUCGAAAUCUUCAGCAGCACCUGCAACGGAUUUUUUUUGAGGUUGCAGGCAGAGACACAAGGUCAAAUUCUUUUAAAUGGGCAUCGUGUCAAUAUCAUGUAAAAAUGUUCAUGGUCAGCUGGUUUUUUUCUUGGUAGACCAUGAUAUGGUUUAAUUUUGGUGUUCUUUUUUCUUUCUUCAGUUGCAGUAACUGUAACCAUUUUUUGAUUGGUCUGUUACUGUUGUCUAAUAUUUGCAGUAAAACAAUGAUUAGUUCAACUUCGUAA